GAAAAGCAUGACAGAGAGACAGACAGAAAGAAACACGGCACAGAGAGGAAAGGAGAGGAGAGGAGAGGAACAGCAGCAGCGUCUUUAUUGUGUGCUCUAGCCUCUCUUGCUGUAUGCUUUCUGCUCUUUAAUUUUACAUUCUGAAGGGAUUCAACAGCGUACUCAGACGAUUCAUUGAUGGGGAAACAAGCUAAAGCUCAGCAUUACCUGUGGGCAGCAGGAUAUCUUUGGUGACAGAUGACAAAGCUUCACACAGAAAGAUCGUACUUCUCAGAAUCUGAAUGGGAGCAGAAGAUAAUCUCAGGGGAAGUGAUGACUGGGGAACAUGCCUGUUCGCUGCCUUCCUCACAGCCACUUCAACCAUUUAUAAAGUAUUAAGGAUGUCCAGAAUGAAGGGCACUGGAGACUUGAAUGUUCUAAAAGGUCUUGCCAUGACGUACAUCAGGAUAUCUAGCCUUUGGUUCCAUGUCUGGACUUAAGGGAUCUGAAGAGGAAAUUGCUUUGAGCUCAUUGGAGAAACCACACAAAGUUGCAUUCCCUCUUGGUGGUAGUUUUCCUUGUAAUUUUUUUUCUCUUUGAUGUUCUCUAGAAUUUUUUACACUUGAAAGAGGUAAAUAUAAGGAUGUCCAGAUAGACAACUCUGAAAGGAUAAUAGUUAUUGGUAGAGCAAAGAAGGACUGUUAUGAAACUGUCAUUAUUUUCCCCGGGAGAUGACAACAGUUCAAGCACAAAGGCACAAUGACAAGAUUGAGCUUUGUAUGAAAGAAGCCAUUGAUCUUAGUGCACCACACUGAUGCUGCAAGGCACAUGAGCGGUGUGUGUGUGCUGCUUCUGCUUACACUUGAAUAUCUAUUAUCCCCAAAUGUAAAGAUCACUAAAAACACUUCUGUAUUUUUUAGUAAUUAUAUUAAGUUGAUAAAGAAAGGCCAUUGUAAAUCCAAGGGGCAUGAUGGGAAGUGACCUCAUAAAGUCACAACAUAGUGGGAUGACGUGACAUGCUCCAGUAGGAUCCUUGUGGCAACUGUGACAGCUGAGCCGAGAGGACAGUAAUGGGAGGGAGCGGUGACUUCUUACUGGCAGGACAAUGCACACAGCUGCAGUCCUGAUCUCUGUCGCUACAAUGAGCAACAUGACUGUGCACGACACACCUAACCUCCAUGACCUUGACCAAACUUCGUCUGAGGCCAUUCAUCCGAUCAGCUUCCAGGUUUCCUUGACAAGCUUUUUGGUUUUGGAAGUCGUGUUGGGCCUAAGCUCCAAUCUCACGGUGCUGGUCCUCUACUGCAUGAAACAGAACCUCAUCAGCUCCGUUUCCAAUGUCAUCACUAUGAACCUGCAUGUGGUGGAUGUGUUGGUGUGUGUAGGCUGCAUUCCGCUGACAACUGUGGUCAUCCUACUUCCUUUGGAAACAGACACGGUCUUGAUCAGCUGCUUCCAUGAGGCCUGUGUGUCAUUUGCAAGUGUGGCCACUGCUGCAAAUGUCCUGGCCAUCACUGUGGACCGUUAUGAUAUCUCAGUUCGACCAGCAAACCGUGUGCUAACAAUGGGUCGAGCUGUGGCUCUGCUGGGAUCCAUCUGGGCUCUAUCCUUUUUCAGUUUUUUGGUUCCGUUCAUGGAAGUGGGUUUCUUCAUCAGAUCUGGUACAGAUUUUGUAAACCAGACUGCAAUAGUGAAAGUCUCUCAGAUGAAUGAAUAUUACUCAGAGCUAGGUUUAUACUACCACCUGCUAGCACAGAUCCCCAUAUUCUUUUUCACAGCUGUGGUAAUGCUGGUAACUUACUACAAGAUUCUUCAGGCACUUAACAUUCGGAUUGGAACACGCUUUCAACACAAUUUACCCAAGAAAAAGCAAAAGUGCAAAAACAACAUAUCUUUGAGCACUGCCACACAAGCAGAGUCUACAGAAGCUUCACAGAGCAGCACCGCAGGCAAGGGCAGUGGAAAUGCACCUUUAGGCAUGCGGACAUCUGUAUCUGUCAUAAUUGCACUAAGAAGAGCGGUGAAGCGCCAUCGAGAGAGAAGGGAAAGACAGAAACGAGUUUUUAAGAUGUCUCUUCUGAUCAUCUCUACAUUCCUUCUGUGCUGGACCCCAAUAACUGUCCUUAACACAAUCAUACUCAGUAAAGGUCCCAGUGACCUGACUGUACGCCUUCGGCUUGGUUUUCUGGUAAUGGCAUACGGAACCACCAUCUUUCAUCCCCUCCUAUAUGCCUUCACUCGGCAAAAGUUCCAGAAAGUUCUCAAAAGUAAGAUGAAAAAGAGGGUGGUGUCUAUAGUGGAAGCAGAACCAACACCAAACAAUGUGGUCAUCCAUAACUCCUGGAUUGACCCCAGGAGAAACAAAAAGGUCACGUUCAAGGAGACUGAGGCCAGACAAAAGUGUCUUUGCUCAGAGGAAGUAGAGUGACAGACUGAACUCAUGUAAAUAUGUCAAGAAAGCACACAGAAAAGUGAAUGAACUAAAACAUGUGGAUGAGGAGCAGAAAGCAGAAAAUGGUGGAAAAGAGUGAGAAGCAAAAAUCAGACAAAAAUUUUUAGAUGAAGCUGAAAAUCAGAUUGACAUACUGUAUGUAGGAUGAAUGCUAACAUGAUGGUAUCAUUGAGAAUAAAUAAAUUGUUAUGACAUGAACAAAGUUUCAUCUUUAUAAGAUGAAACUUGAGAUAACACUUGUUAAAGCUUUUCUCUGAGAAAGAGACAUGGGUUAUACUAACUUAAUGCUAUUUAUUGUAGACUCCCAGAGACUGAAAUAAAGGAAGUUAUUGUUGAAAAACUGUAUCAAUCAGAAGCUCCUGUUGUUCAAUGUAAUACAGUGUGAGACAAAGAGUCACACACCACUUGGUUUGUCACCAUUUGUAAUAAAUACCCAAGGGCACAGUAUUUGUCAGGAUCGCAUUGUCUACCGUUUCUUCCUGACUCAAAGUGACAAUGCAUCAGACAAAUAAGCAUUAAAACGUUCUGUACAACA